CCUUGUGCAAACACCUCUUAUAGCCUGUCCUCUUCUGAACUUGCGAAACAUAAACAAGUCAAGUACACCCUCGUCUAAUAUCUCCUCUGUUUCCCAACAUGCAGAGGCGAAUCAGACAAGUCUUCACCUCCGUAAGAGAGCACACCCUCGUCAGGUACGCGAAAGUUGCCACUGCUGGAGGGUUCUGUGACCUUGACUUGAUAGUUGUCAAGGCCACAUCUCCUGAUGACUUUCCACUGCAUGAUAAAUAUGUUCAUCAGCUCCUCAAAAUCUUCUCUAUUUCUCCUUCUUCGUAUCACGAUUUUGCAAUUAGCUUUGCUAGAAGAUUUGGGAGGACGCAAUGCUGGAGAGUUGCAUUGAAAUGCCUUGUUCUUCUUCACCGUUUGCUUCGAUCAUUGCCUGAUGAUAAUGACUUUCGGGACCAUCUCCUCUGGAUCCGAUCCAAUGGCUAUUUGUCACUUAAUCCGUGUCAUUUCCGAGACUUCUCCUCAUCAGCCUCUGAGGAUUACACGCUUUUCAUUAGAUCAUACGCUUGCCUACUUGAUGAAGCGCUUGAAUGUUCAUAUGUUGGUGUAGAAUUACAAUUUGUUGACCGCGAAGAGAUGUGUUUAGUAAGUGAAGGUGAUAAAAUGGAAGUGUUCGACGAAUUGCUUGAAAUGUUGUUACAAGUUCAGAGCCUAAUUGAUAGAGUCAUGGAAUGCAAGCCAUCCGGGAUAGCUCCAAGGAACUUUGUGGUCCAAUCGGCCAUGAAGUACAUAAUUCGCGACAGCUUCAUAUGUUACUCAAUUUUUAGAAGAAAGAUCGUCGUAGUUUUAGAACAUCUCACUCAGGUUCAUUACAGAAAUAGUAUAACUGCUUUUAGUAUCUACAAAAAAGCAGCAAUUCAAGCAAAUCAACUUUGUGAAUUCUUUGAUUGGUGCAAGACUCUGUUGCUUUGCGGGUCAUACGAGUUCCCUUUGGUUGAUAAGAUUCCUCAAAUUCAGAUAAAAGCUCUUGAAACUUUCCUGAAUGGAAUGUGGCAGAUAACUGAUCAGUCGUCGUCUUCUACAUCUGAAUCUUCUAUUACAUCAACAUUGGAGUCUCCAUCAAGCUCAAAUCGCGAUGAAAAGAUUAUGAGGCUUGAGUUUCUUGGUAGCAAAGAUUGCGGAAAUGCCAAAGAUAAUUGUACCAUGACAAAAAUCAAGAAAUUUGAAGAGAUGGAGCCAUUGAUUCAAUUUGAUGAUGAUUAUGAUCAAAAUUCUGGUUGGGAGGCUCUUCUAGAAGCUUCUAUUAAUUCGUUGUGCAUGGCUUCAGAGAGGAACGUCGUCUUCUUGCCACCUGAUAAAUAUUGUCAAGCCUGCGGAUAUGGAUAUGCGACUGAUAUUAAUGAUCCAAAUGGAUGGCAGAUUCAAGUAUACAAUCCUAAUGUUCUCAAUCCGUUUAAUUAUUAGCCGAUUUACUCCCACAAUAUGGGCUCAUGGCUGAUAAUAUUUACCUUAUUCAAUUAAAUUCAAUUUAUCCUAUCCAUGUGAACUUGAUUUCUGAUAGUGAUGAUGUAACAACAUUAGUGAGUAGUUACAGAGUUACAGCUGAUUCUAC